AUGCUGAGCGUGCUACGCGUGCACCUCCCUUCGGAUAUUCCCAUUGUAGGCUGUGAGCUCACGCCAUACGUACUCUUGCGCCGGCCUGACAAGACUGUCACAACAGACGAUGUGCCCGAGUCGGCCCCUCUUGAUGGCCACUUCUUGAGGUACAAGUGGUAUCGUAUACAAAGUGAUAAAAAAGUUGCAGUCUGCAGUAUACAUCCAUCUGAGCAAGCCACAUUGCAGUGUCUAGGUUGUGUCAAGGCCAAAAUACCUGUUACCAAAAGUUACCAUUGUUCUCCCAAGUGCUUCUCAGAUGCAUGGCAGCAUCACCGUGUUUUGCAUGACCGUGCUGCUAGUGCUGUAAAUGAAAAUGGAAAUGAGGAAGAAGAGGUGUUUGGGCGCUUCAAUAGCUCUGGAUCUGGAGUACUCAACACUAGUCUAUCUGGAUCAGUGUCAAGCACGAGUUUGACAAAUGGUUCAGCACCUUUAUAUCCUGCGGUUGUUACCCAAAGGAGUGGUGGUGAAACAUGGUUUGAAGUGGGACGAUCUAAAACGUAUACGCCUACAGCCGAUGAUAUUGGGCAUGUUCUUAAGUUUGAAUGUGUUGUGGUCGAUGCUGAAUCAAAAGUACCUGUGGGACAUGUCAAUACCAUAUUAACUUCCCGUGUCAUUCCAGCACCCUCUCCAAGUCCACGCCGUCUGGUUCCUGUCAAUGGAGCUGAUGUGAUGGGGCAUUUGGAUUCAGAUGGCCGUAUUUCAUCUUCUGGAACUUUUACUGUGCUUUCGUACAACAUUUUGUCUGAUGUGUAUGCCACCAGUGAAUCAUACAGUUACUGCCCUUCGUGGGCACUUUCUUGGCCUUACCGCAAACAAAAUUUGUUGCGGGAAAUUGUUGGAUAUCGUGCAGAUAUUGUUUGUCUUCAGGAGGUUCAAAGCGAUCAUUUCGAGGAAUUUUUUGCCCCCGAGCUGGACAAACAUGGUUAUCAAGCACUAUACAAGAGAAAAACAAAUGAGGUUUUCACUGGGGGAGCACAAGCAAUUGAUGGUUGUGCAACAUUUUUCCGUAGAGACAGAUUUUCACAUGUCAAAAAAUACGAGGUUGAAUUCAAUAAGGCUGCUCAGUCUUUGACUGAUGCCAUGAUUCCAAGUAAUCAGAAGAAAAGUGCUUUAAAUCGAUUAGUUAAGGAUAAUGUUGCGCUCAUAGUGGUUCUGGAAGCAAAGUUUAGCAAUCAGGGAGCUGAUAAUCCUGGGAAACGGCAACUUCUUUGCGUGGCAAAUACACAUGUAAAUGUCCACCAAGAUCUAAAGGAUGUCAAACUCUGGCAGGUUCAUACUCUCUUAAAAGGAUUAGAGAAGAUAGCUGCCAGUGCAGAUAUACCAAUGCUGGUGUGUGGAGAUUUUAGUUCAAUUCCUGGAAGCGCUCCUCAUACACUUCUUGCUAUGGGAAAGGUAGAUCCAUCACAUCCAGAUUUACAAGUAGACCCUCUUAAUAUACUGCGCCCUCUCAGCAAGCUGAUACAUCAGCUUCCACUGGUAAGUGCGUAUUCAUCAUUCGCAAGAUUGGGAGUUGGUCUAGGUAUGGAGCAGCAGAGAAGGAGAAUGGACCCCACCACGAAUGAGCCAUUAUUUACAAAUUGCACCAGAGAUUUUAUUGGUACCCUGGAUUACAUAUUUUACACCGCGGACUCUUUAACGGUGGAGUCCUUGUUGGAGCUCUUGGAUGAGGAAAGCUUAAGGAAAGACACAGCGCUUCCUUCCCCAGAGUGGUCAUCAGAUCACAUUGCACUUCUAGCUGAGUUUCGCUGCAAGCCUAGAAUUAGACGUUGA